AAUUUAUUUAUUUUAAACUCCAGACUUUGAUGUUAAAUAUUUAAAUGUAUUUUUGAUAUAUUUACAUAUUUAUUAAAUAUGUGGUGUAAUGUGUGUUUUUACAGCACCAUACGAUGAAAACGUUAGAAAUAUGUGACGGAGCGCUGGUGUGUGUGUCGGUGUUUUUCCGUGUAUUUGUGACAUUGCAGGGAGUUGUAACCUUGGUGUGGGGGAUGGGCAGAGUGGUUAAGUAACCUUUUGUGAAUCGGAGGUUUUGAUGAGUGAUGAAUUUUUUUUUAAAGCUGCGUUAAAAUGUUUAUUAAUUGGGUAUAUUUGUAGGAUUAUUUUGGUGUUUUGUCGUUUGUCAGAGCCACGGAGGUGUGGAGGUAUUUAUCUGUAAAAGCAGAGAUAAUGCGAUCAUGUUCUCGGGCUUUGUUAGUGUUUUGUGUAAAUCCUUUGGUUGAGUCUGAUUUAAUCAAGAAUGAGGUGGAUCGUGAAAACUGCUGUGUCAUUCAGGCGUUGGUUUCUAUGACCUCGUUACGGUGUUUAUUUUAUUGCAGGUUGUAUUUAUUGUUGGAUGGUGUAAAUGAGUUACAGCAUAAACAUCUCUAAGUUGAAAAAAAAACCCGGGAGGCCUGAUCUGCGCCUUUUCUCGGCGAUGAGGCUUUGUGUGUCGGGAAGGCCUCGUUUUUGUGACACGGCUGGUUUCAUGGUUGAAAUUGUGUUGCUUUCUUCUGUAGGUAACGGGUUACGCACUUCAGUUGUGCUUGUAAACCGAAUACACAACGUUAUUUGUACUUUUGUUGAGGUUUUGUGGUGUUAGUUGGUCACUGUUUGAUCCUAACACAGUGUUUCAGUGUGCUUAAAGAUGGCGGCCUCAUUUCUCUUCCCGCAGACAAAAAUGCGGAUGUGCAGGUUUGCAGAGCGCUCGUGGGAAGAAGCCCUUGGCUCUCCGAGGGUAUGCGUGACGGGAUGUAGGACCCAAUCAGCUUCUUGGUAUUUACCCUGAAACCCCGCGUUACAACAGUUUGGACCAAUCCCCGCCGUCGCUCUCCACACGUUGACGUAAUGUAAUAUGAUUUUUGUGGAGGGUAAUAUGGCGGAGCUAGCUAGCUAACAGUAUAUUGUAAGUGCUGGAUGGGAUGAACCAAUAGUGUUGUGCAAUUUAUUUGACGGACAGGAAAAUCUUGCGAAUAGGCUGCCCUGAAUUACAGGUUGUGGAGUUUCAGUAUUUAGGGGUGUGGCGGUUUUGACUGACGUCGUGAACAGCCAGUAGGAACUCGAAGGGCGGGGACACUCUGUGGCGGUCUGUCCAAUACGGUGAACGACCGGUCUAUAAAAAGUCGGGUGUAGUCACGUAGUCGCCAUUUCAGCGAAGCAGAUCAGAAGGAGAUCUCAGUGGCGGGGAGUAGAGACGACUGGAGACGGAUCCUGGUUUGAGUGUAGCUAAAAACCGAAUCCGGAUCCAUCCCAAUGGAAGUGGCUGUUAACCCGACGUUUAACAGCUCCCAUGCUGGGCCUGAUGUCGGUAUGUUGGGAAUAAUGCUGGAUCAGAACUGCGGCGCAGCUGGAAAACGCAUCCGAAAACCUUCACUGCUCUACGAGGGCUUCGAGAGUCCCGGGAUGCCCCCCCACAGCCACAUAGUCCCUUCGGGGCCACCUCAGCCCCCGGUGAAGGACCCCGGCCGGCAGGGGAGGAUGACCAACCAGCUUCAGUUCCUGCAGAAAGUCCUGCUCAAGUCUUUGUGGAGGCACCACUUUGCGUGGCCCUUCCAUGAGCCCGUGGACGCCAUCAAGCUCAACCUGCCGGACUAUCACAAGAUCAUCAAGAAUCCCAUGGACAUGGGCACCAUCAAGAAGAGAUUAGAGAAUAACUACUACCGCAGUGCCAGUGAGUGCAUGCAGGACUUCAACACCAUGUUUACCAACUGCUACAUUUACAACAAGCCGACAGAUGACAUCGUCCUGAUGGCUCAGUCUCUGGAAAAGGCGUUCCUGCAGAAAGUGGCUCAGAUGCCUCAGGAAGAGGUGGAGCUGCCGCCCCCACCUCCUCGGAGCAAGCCGGUCAAAAGCAGCAGAAAAGGCAAAAGUAAUGCAGUUUCUGGAGGGGUGACAACAGCUCAUCAAGUCCCAGCUGUCUCUCAGUCAGCGUACUCACCUCCCACCCCAGAAACACCCGACUCCAUCCUCUCCACCUCUCCACAGACCAUCUUGACCAAGAGCAUGCCCCCCAGCUUUCACACUGAGCAGACUAUACCCACCAUCACAGGUCUGCUGCCCACGCAGCCCACGGCUAAGAAAAAAGGUGUGAAACGGAAAGCAGACACGACCACGCCAAGCACCGUACCCAUGCCAAUAAUGAGCACCAUGGGCGUCAGCGGCAUCGGCCUGGGGCACGACUUGCCGCUCACCCUCACCUCUCUGGGGGUGGACCACAACUCUGGGAUGGGAAUGAACAUGAACAUGGGCCGAGGAGCGAUGGUUACAGGCGCCAAAGGAGCGGGGGGGAACAGGAGAGGAGUGAGCGGACGACCCAUCAAACCUCCCAAGAAGGACUUACCGGAUUCGAUCUUGCCGCCGCCGGUGCGCCGCAACAAGCUGAGCCCCCAGAUGCGUUACUGCGGCGGCGUCCUGAAGGAGCUGCUGUCGAAGAAGCACGCGGCGUAUGCGUGGCCGUUUUACAAGCCCGUGGAUGCCACGUCGCUGGGUCUGCACGACUACCACGACAUCAUUAAACAGCCCAUGGACCUCAGCACCAUCAAGAGGAAGAUGGACAGCAGAGAGUACCGAGACACACUGCAGUUCUCCGCUGAUGUCAGACUGAUGUUCUCCAACUGCUACAAGUACAACCCUCCGGACCACGAUGUGGUGGCCAUGGCCAGAAAACUGCAGGAUGUGUUUGAGUUCUGCAUCGCUAAGAUGCCAGACGAGCCUCCGGCACCACCCAGCUCCUCCUCUUCAUCCUCCUCCUCUUCUUCCUCCUCUGAGAGCGAGCUCAGCAGUGAAAGCGAGGAGAGCGACAGCAGCCCGAGCUCCGACUCUGAGGAGGAGAGGGCGACCCGGCUGGCAGAGCUGCAGGAGCAGCUCAAAGCUGUUCAUGAGCAGCUCACCGCGCUCUCUCAGGGCCCCAUCACCAAACCCAAGAAGAAGAAGGACAAAAAAGACAAAAAGAAGAAGAAGAAAGUUGAAAAAGAGAAGCACCGGAGGAUAGAGGAAGAGCAGCUGCCUGUUAGGCCCCCCAAGACCCCGAAAAUGGCCAAGACUCCAAAAUCCAAGAGCAGCCGAGGAAUGGCCUGUCCUGUAAUGCCGAUGAAGAAGCCACCGAGCAAGAAAAACAAGAGCAAAUCCAAAAAGACCACCAUCAUCCCCCAGAUGGUCCACGAUCCCCUCGUGAGUCAUUUCGACUCCGAUGAAGAGGAGGAGACCGCGCCCAUGUCGUACGAUGAGAAGCGUCAGCUCAGUCUGGACAUCAACAAGCUGCCCGGCGAGAAGCUCGGCCGCGUCGUUUACAUCAUCCAGUCCCGCGAGCCGUCGCUCCGAGACACCAACCCCGAGGAGAUCGAGAUCGACUUUGAGACGCUGAAGCCGUCGACGCUGAGGGAGCUGGAGAGAUACGUCAUGACGUGCCUGAGGAAGAAACCUCGAAAGCCAUACGCGAGUAAGAAGAACAGCGCUGGAAAGUCCCGGGAAGAACUCGCUCUGGAGAAGCAGCUGGAGCUGGAGAGACGGCUGAUGGACGUCAGCGGGCAGCUCAACUCUGGAAAGAAGCCCCUGAAGACCAAACCAGAGAAACCUGCAGCCGACGCUCACACCCAGCCGUCGCGUCUCAGCGCCAGUAGCUCCUCCUCCGACUCCUCUUCAUCAUCCUCUUCGUCGUCCUCCUCAGACACGAGCGAAUCGGACUCGGGCUGAGAGAUGAACUGUUUCCUAUGAAAGAGUUCCUGCUUCUUCUCCCCCUGAGUGGACUGAACCGAUUUAAGCUGCUGAGUGUGGAGCUGCAGGAUGGGGUCGGCGAGCCCCGCAGAGAUGGAGGAGGUUCCUGCUCUUCUCUGGAGGACCGACGUCGGCGGGCGUAGCGAGGGACGCUCCAUCUCCUGCACAUAAAGCAGAUGGACGCGUACGUUGGGGGGAUCAGGGGGCUAGAGCCAGAAUGUGUCUCAUUUCUGGAGAUGAUUUUCCCUCCUCAGCGUGCUCCUGUCUUUGUGCUGUACAGUUAUUUCUUUUAUAAAGAAGCUAAUUUAUUCCCUCAUUGUGGGAACGCUGGAACUGGCAUGAGUGCAGUUUUAGUUUUUUCUGGUUGGAUAAAGAGGGGAGCGUUCCUCACAAUUUUCAUGCAGGCAUUAAAGUGUCUGCACACAGAAGCACCUUCAGAUCAGAGGAGCUGCUGAACAUCUGCAGGAGUCAUCCCUGAAUAUUUCUGUUUGAUCCAUUUCUGUGUAAACGUGUUGCUUUUUCUAAUGUGACCAAUCUGCUAAUAAACUGUGGGGACGUGUUCGGUCCUCAGGAA